AGGCGGCCAGUAACACUGACAGUGGUUUGUUUAUAUAUACACGGGGCUGUGGAUUGAAAAUGUGUGUGUGAGACAGAGAGAGAGUGUGUGUGAGUGUGAGAGAAAGUGUGUGCAUGUAUGUGUGUGCGUGAGUGUGAGAAAGGGAUAUUUGCAGAAGAACGAGGCUAGUCUGUGGACAAACAUGGGCGGGCUGAAGAAUGAGUGCCUCGUUGUGUACACGAAGGGCAAGGAGUGACUGGAUGGGGGAGACAAAAUGCAGGAUGAAGGGAUCACUCUGUCUCGGGGUUGCAGUCGGGGUGUGCGAGGAGGGGGGAUCGCUGGGUCCUUGCGCCGAAUACAGUCAGCGAGGGUGAGAUCACUUAGUCUGUGGGUUGAAGAAUCCAACCUGUAUCCGACUGCAUAUUAGUCGUCGGGGUAGAAGUGGUUACUUGGUAUGAGAAUACAUACAGUUUGUCAGCUUCAUGCCUUUGCAUGCACGUGAGCCCCCAGUCUGAGUGGAAACCCCCAGAGUUCGGACAUCCCGGGUCUGCUGCCCCAGUCAUCCGCUUGCCUCGAAGUUGUUCAACUCUACUCUGAUUGCUGUGUGGAGAGAUCUUUCUCCUCCGGUGCUACUUGAAUUGGAUGUACGGAGCCAUCUUUCUUGACUAGUACUAGUGCAGUAGUGCUACUCCAGUUUUGAGAGCGAUCUUUCUUUUGCAUCGCUUCUACAGUUGUCUGUCCGUCUGUCGUUGUGUGUGUUGGAGGAAGGAAGAGAAUUUCGCUACAUUUCGCCUCAUUGUCGACUCGUACCUGGAGCAAGGCCAGGUGGCGUCCGUUAGGAGCAAGGAGACAGAGACAGAGACAGAGAGACAUCUGUCCGAUGACACAGCUAACGGCUUCCUUGGAUGACUGAAUCUCGGGGACAGUACUGUGGUGGUAACGGUCACAGAUGUCAUCUAGUGUUGUACUGCACUGAGAAGUGAUUGUCAGUGUUCCCCAUGAGUAGAAACUAUCAGACAUUUACAUGCUUCGUGUAUCCGGUCACAAGGGAUUUAUGCCUGGCUACCAAGGAAUGUGAUAGACCUUGUUACCUGUGUUCCAUCUGUUUCUACCUGUACCAAGGACGAUCGACUAUCUGACAACAAAAGAAUUUGACAAGUAAUGUUUAUACAUUUUUAUUGAUGCCUUUAAAACACAUAUAUACAUAGCUGCUAGUACCUGUUUGGUGUCUGUGGGUGAGACUAAUUGUUGGCAAGAUAUACCAUCGUGGCACGUCACCUUGGCAAGCGAGUUUAGUUGUUGAAGUGGACUUUUCAAGGAGCUGGGUGGUGUGCAGGUCAAAGUUUCCUUGUCUGGGUGGAGUAGGAGGACAAGCAGCACAACCGAUGUGACAUGUUUGCAACACUCGCCACUAUUUUAUCAUUUCCUUUCUUGACAACAGCAGUCGCUGAAUGAGCUUGAGAAAGCGUUUGACAACACAAAGCUGACACCUGCCCCCUGACCUCUGGUGCUGACCUCACAAUGUGUGCGCAAAGCAUGCCGGACACCUCUUGCCGGCCCCCCGUGGCCUGCCCACACGUGGCUCCUGAGCAGGACUCCAGUCAUGCAGGCAGAGUGUUUCCCACAGAGGCUGUGCUGGGGGGCACCCUUGGAGGACUCUCUCUGUUGUCCAUCGCCCUCCUGCUCUUUGCGGCUUUUCGACACUGGCACAGGACACGCAGACUUCAUCGUCCUCAUCACAGACGAGAUCAGUGUCGCCGAAAGAGAAAGAUGACGCACGUGCUCAGUGACCCGCUCUUUGCCUAUGACGUCAGAGGCACGUUAAAGCCAUACCCGGCUUAUACCCACAUGCCACCCGAUGUAUACAUCGCGCGCCCUCACGUGCAGACCUCGCGGCGUCUGGCGCUAGAUCCGCGUGACGAGGGCAGCGAGACAGACUUCUGGCAGCGCGGGGCUGUUGACGACAGUCGCUACGAGCCGUCCAUCAUCGCCGGCAGCUUUGUCUACCAUCCACCGUCCAGCCUGCCGCCUCACCUGACGCCUCAUCUGACGCGCACCCCUCACCUGCUGGCGCCCCCGCAGGCGGCGGAGGUCCGUCAUGACCUGUCCUAUGACAGCUUCAAAAAUGACCAUCUCUGCGACAGUGCCGCGCGUGGGGUGGCCAGCUCCACCCUUAACAACCAGCACCAGCCACCCGAUUUUUAUCUUUGAUGUCAGAAGCAAAAUAUUGGGAUGCGUAAUUCUGCACCGGACACUCGCCAUUAUCUGGCGCCCAGCUCCUGACCAGCGGUGCCUUCAUGUUUGUCUCACGUAGUCGUCAGUGAUCGUCUCUUGUGUUUUAAUGGUUGCCUUACAAAUACUCCUUAGUGAUCGUCUUUUCUUUCUUAAUGUUUGUCUCGCCCACAGUCUCCUUAUCUCUGUCUCCCUGUCGCUGACUGGUGACUAAAGCCGUUUCAUGAAGCUGUCUACGGAAGAACAAUUUUAUUCAGGAGGUACCUAGCAAUAUACCAGAGAAUACGCAGAAAAUGAGAACCUCACAAUAUCUGCAAUCACCUUGGAGAAAACCACAUUAUCUGCUAAUCAUCACCUUGUUGGGUGGCUACACCACUUGAUACCCUAAUCGCUUUUUUUGGUCUUUGGCUGCACCCUGCGCUAACAGUGUAACUCCCAGUUACUGGAGGUAAAGCAGACACAGACGCUGUUGAGUACCUCUGCUCUGUAACUGCUCGUCAGUUUGGGGGCUACCUACUGAAAGUACAGCAACCUUGGAGGCAGUCAUGUACCUCCACAAUAAAUACGGCUCCCAGCGCUUCUUGUGCUGCUCCUGUGUGUAAUACUGAGGUUUGGUAGUCACUGUGUGGAAUACUGAGGUUUGGUAGUUACUGUGUGAUACUGAGGUUUGGUAGUUACUGUGUGAUACUGAGGUUUGGUAGUCACUGUGUGUGACACUGAGGUUUGAUAGUCACUGUGUGUGACACUGAGGUUUGAUAGUCACUGUGUGUGACACUGAGGUUUGAUAGUCACUGUGUGUAAUACUGAGGUUUGAUAGUCACUGUGUGUGAUACUGAGGUUUGAUAGUCACUGUGUGGAAUACUGAGGUUUGUUAGUCACUGUGUGGAAUACUGAGGUUUGAUAGUCACUGUGUGUGAUACUGAGGUUUGAUAGUCACUGUGUGUGAUACUGAGGUUUGGUAGUCACUGUGUGGAAUAUUGAGGUUUGGUAGUCACUGUGUGUGAUACUGAGGUUUGAUAGUCACUGUGUGUGAUACUGAGGUCUGGUAGUCACUGUGUGUGAUACUGAGGUUUGGUAGUCACUGUGUGUAAUACUGAGGUUUGAUAGUCAUUGUGUGGAAUAUUGAGGUUUGGUAGUCACUGUGUGUGAUACUGAGGUUUGAUAGUCACUGUGUGAUACUGAGGUUUGAUAGUCACUGUGUGGAAUAUUGAGGUUUGGUAGUCACUGUUGUAGUAUCUAAAUUUGUGCUGUUGUAAUACUCAGCUUUGAGUCACUUUUUAUUGUAGCAUGUCAAAUUGUGCUGCUCAUGUAUGUAAUACUGAGGUUUAUAGUUAUUGUUGUACUAUGGUAUAUAAACUUAAGAUACAAAUAUGUUGUAUUGUAGUCUGGUGCUGUGUAGCAUUAGCAUUGCCAUGCUGUACUAUAGUCUGGUGCUGUGUAACAUUGCCAUGCUGUACCAGUCUGGUGCUGUGUAACAUUGCCAUGCUGUACUAUAGUCUGGUGCUGUGUAACAUUGUCACACUGUACUAUAGUCUAGUGCUGUGUAACAUUGCCAUGCUGUACUAUAGUCUGGUGCUGUGUAACAUUGCCACACUGUACCAGUCUGGUGCUGUGUAACAUUGCCACGCUGUACUAUAGUCUGGUGCUGUGU